AAAAUUAGAUGAAAAAAACAUUUGACGAAAACAGCUGAAUUUCAAUCCUUCGUUGUCCCGUCUUGUUCGCCGCAUCUGCCUCUUAAUCCCAUUCGAGAUCCAUCUUCACCUUCUCUGCCUCCAUUCCCCGCCCGCCCAUCUCCCUCCGCCGCCAUAACUCCGCCGCACCACACUAGCCUCUCGCGCUUCUCUUGGCUUCGCCUUAGCUCGCCAUAUUCUGUCCAUGCUUGGACGUAUUUCUUCCUCCCGGAAGCAGAGCCCCCCAAUUCGAAACCCUAGCCCAAAAUUAGGGCUGACUUCGAAGUAAAAAAGAUUUGUUCUUUCCUCUACUUCUUUUCCUCAUAAAGUACUUAGAAGAGCAUGUCACGAGAAAGGGCCAGGCGUGUCGCACUAGCACCAGCUGAAGAGACUAUUGAGAAGAUUAAAAAAGUUGUAGAGGAAGGCAACUUCUAUGGCGCUCAACAAAUGUAUAAGUCUCUUGGUUCUAGGUAUGCUUCAGCCAACAGGUACUUAGAAGCCUUGGAUAUUUUUCAUUCAGGUGCUUGCAUACAAUUAGUGAAUGGACAGGUUACAUGUGGUACUGAGCUUGCUGUCUUGUUCGUGGAAAAUCUUGUUAAAGGAAAGAUCCCUUAUGACGAUGACACUCUUGAUCGUAUCAGGCAAAUUUACAAAAAGUUUCCAAGAAUAUCUGUGCCACAAAAUUUGGACCUAGCAGAUGAUGUUGAUAUGCAGCAACUUGCUGAAGCUCUAGGAGCUGCAAAAACACGUGCUGAGGGUUGCUCAACAUUCUUGAGAGCUGCUAUCAAGUGGUCUACAGAAUUUGGAGGGCAGAGGAAUGGAUCUCCUGAAAUUCAUGACAUGCUAGCUGAUUACCUAUAUACAGAAUCUCCUGAGUUGGAUAUGUCCAAAGUGACGUAUCAUUUUGUUCGAGGGAAGAAUCCGAAGAAGUUUGCUUCAACUCUAGUCAAUUUCAUGGGCAAGUGUUAUCCCGGUGAAGACGAUCUUGCUGUUGCACGUGCAGUUCUGAUGUACUUAGCUCAAGGUAAUCUCAGAGAUGCCAUUAUCCUUAUGGAUGAGAUUAAGAAGCAAGUGCAAUCUCAAGGAGUCAAUUUACCUCGAUCAGAUCUAAUGCAGUUCACCAAUUUUCUUCUAGAAACGUUGCAGAGAGAUGCUUUGCCUCUUUUUAAUAUGUUGCGUGACCGUUACAGGCAAAGUAUAACUAGGGAGCCUCUCUUUAACGAAUUGCUUGAUGAAGUCGCAGAGAAGUUUUAUGGAGUACGACGUAGAAAUUCCAUGCCAGGAGGAAUGUUUGGGGAAAUUUUCAAGGUAGUAACGGUUUUUCCCUACAUAUCUGCCUGCAUAUAUUCUUGUUUUUUAACUUCUGCAUUUAUGGAUUUGCUAUUUUACAGAUGAUGGCAGGAGAAUAGUAAUUCACAAUUUGCGGUGGGAUAAAUUAUGGAACAGCCUUAUGUUGGUAGAAAUUGCUCCAAAGUUAAACUAUGAUAUUUGUUAUUGUUAUAUUUUUGCCUUUGCAUUGCAGGGACAAAAACCAAUCCUUUUCCUCUCGGCUUGGUUUCCUGUUUGCUGUAUUUACAUAUUAAAACUUAUAGUUAUAGUUACAGUUACAGAUUGAUAUAGUAUUAUUCCCAUUUAAAAAAAAAAAAAAAUCUCGAUUUGUGUUGUC